AUGCCAGCGAUAUUUAUUGGAGGAAGUCCUCGGAUUACGUUGUUUUUCAUCGGAUUGCUCUUGUUUUUUCAAUUCUUUAACCAUAUUAUGGAUUAUUAUUCGGGAGAUUAUUCAUCCUCCUCCUCUUAUUUUCAAGACCAUCAGUAUAAUGACUUGGGAUUUUCCUCGGAUACAAAAACAUUUACAUUUCCAAGGAAAAUAUUAUCCAUUCCGAGCAGUCGGUUGUUGAACCGAUUCAAAAUUUCUCAGAAUAAUACGAUGAGGAGCUCAAAGAUGAUGAAUCAUUAUUCCACUCUUUUAUUAACAUCUCAGCAAUUUCUGAAAAACACUUUUCAUAUUAAAACCGACGUGGAUGGUACUAGCGAAGAAAUUAAGGAGAGUGGCGGCCAUGAAAAAAGAGAUGUUUUUGUGAAAGUAAUACUAGAAGAGGACACCUUUUUGAGAGACGAUGCCACAUUAGGAUCCAUGGCGAAAAUUCUUGUAUUUUCUUUGAAAAAUUCUAAUGAUAUGAACCACGUGUCACUUACUGAUCUGAAUUCUAUCACUCAUGACACACCAUUAAGCUGGGAAAUUGAAUACGAAGAAACGCUCAUAGACUCAAAAAUUUAUUUCUCUCGAAAAGGCACUUCCCAAUUCAAUAAGGAUUGCGUCUAUGUUGUCACAGAACAUAUUUCUUCAGAUUCAUUUGAAAAAAUAAGCAAAACAAUGGAAUUAAGAAAAUUUUGCCCUCAAAAAGAACGAAAUAGAUUUUUUAAUUUAACCAAUUUUGGAUUGGAAAUUUUAAGUAUUGCCGACACGUCACUCGAUGAAGAUUGCGCUAUUAUUUCUUUUGUGGAUGACAUUUAUGAAUUUAGAAUGAUUUGUUCCAAUGGAACCUCAAUAUUCCAUGGCCCAAGUAUGACCUCAGAAUUAUCCGACAACAAGUCUACCAAAAUACCCAAAGUGAAAGAUUUGCAUGACGUGUUAUCGGUCCAUGAAUUGAACACCAAAGAAUCUCCACAUUCUGUUUUCACCUUCAAAGAACACAGUGACGUCAAUGAUAUUCGAAAUCAACUCUACUAUUCCAUGUAUGAUCAUGUCACAAAACAAGGACCACAAGUACAACUUCAUCUCUACUAUUUGGGUUCUAAUACAUCACAGCAACAACAAAAUUGGGUGCAUCAACGAUUAGAUCCCUCCAUUUCAGGUUCUUUGACUGCAAUUUACUCUCGAAAUGCACAUCGUUUACGUGAUGUGUAUUACAAAGGUGUUGAAAUUUCCUAUCAAUCUGAAAACGGUAAAGUUGUAGUUUUCCCUCUUCAUGGUGGAGCUCUCUACGUGAUGCGAUCGAAUGAAAUGGGUGGAAUUACUGUCGAAAAAUCGACCUAUUAUAGCUUUAUUGGAAAUGGGUUUGGACUUUAUGAUUUACGAACCUUACAAGAACGAUACUAUGCUCAGGAUCAUUUUUCUUUGGCAUUCUUUGAGGCAAUGAAAAAACGAAUGGAAAAGUACAGUCAUCCUAAUCAAGUUGCUAUCAAUGUGGAUGGUUCGUAUAUCAUUGUGGUGCACUAUCAACUCUUUGCAUUUGUUUUUAAACAAGCAGGAAAGGGAUUAGCAUUACAAUCAGUGCUGAAAAAUGUGCAUUUCGCAAGAGAGAAUAGUCAUUUGAAGAGUUCUUUCAUGGGCAUUCAGUCACUACAUUUUGUGAGUCCGAAUGUGGUGGCAGUGUUGUGCGAAGAUGGAUCUGUGGAGAUGUAUGACGUAGAACAUGAAUUGACAACGAGCUCACCGAAUGUGAAUCAAUAUGGUAUUAGUAGCGAAGGAAAACAUGAGGAGACUGAAAGCGGUAUUUUGGGCUGGUUCAUUAAUGAGUUUGUGGACAAACCUGUGUUGUUCUCGAUUCUUGUGCUGAUGAUUGGUCUUUUUAUUUACAAUGAAGUUUUGAUUCGAAAAAGAAUUCAGGCACACCGAACUCAGUACCAACAACAGCAACAACAACAAGCUCAGCAACCAACUGGUUCCAGCUCUAAUUCACAAUGA